GAGUUGUGAGUUUAGUGUCGGCGAUUCGACGGUACAGUGUGCGUCAGAGUUUCUUCGUUGUGUGUGCCGAGUGCCGACGGAAGUUAAAAAUUUUCGUUCGAAACUUUUCGGCGGAGAUUUCUUCGAAAGUGCGUUGUGUUUUGCGUUGGCUGGCUGCGAAAGUAUGACAGUCACUGGCAGCUUGGGAAUUAUGCACAGGCCUUGCUUUUCUGGAUAUCCUUUUCAAGGUCAAGGACGUGUUAAUCAAUUAGGUGGGGUGUUUAUCAAUGGCCGCCCCCUACCGAACCACAUCCGGCUGAAGAUUGUCGAGAUGGCCGCCGCCGGUGUGCGGCCCUGUGUCAUCUCAAGGCAGUUGCGUGUUUCGCAUGGAUGCGUGUCGAAAAUACUGAAUCGUUAUCAGGAAACUGGAUCAAUUCGGCCGGGUGUUAUCGGCGGGUCAAAGCCACGCAUCGCGACACCUGAAGUCGAGUCCAGGAUCGAAUCGUAUAAGCGUGAUAAUCCGACGAUUUUCAGUUAUGAGAUUCGUGAUCGGCUGGUGAAAGAAGGCGUGUGUGAUCGGAGUUCAGCGCCGAGUAUUAGUGCGAUCAGCAGGUUGCUACGAGGAGGACGAGGGAUUGACUAUGAUGAAAAAGAAUCUGAUACAGAAGUAGCUUCCGAUUGUGAAUCUGAACCUGGAAUCGCCCUCAAACGCAAACAAAGAAGAAGUCGCACAACAUUCACAGCACAUCAAUUAGACGAAUUGGAGAAAGCCUUCGAACGCACCCAAUACCCUGAUGUUUACACCCGAGAAGAAUUAGCGCAAAGGACCAAAUUGACCGAAGCUAGGAUCCAAGUGUGGUUUAGCAACAGACGUGCACGUAUGCGUAAACAAAUGUCUUCUACAUCAUCAUACACUCCUCUGGGAGUAGUGGGUAAUCCUUAUUCAGGGGCGGCAAGUGCAGCUUCCGGUGGGACAUAUCCGUCCAUGUCUGGGGAAAGUGGAUAUACAACAGCAGGAAGCACACAAAUUUCUGAUAUUUACCAUUCCGCACAUUCUACAUCACCAAAUUCGCUGUUACAUCAUCAAUCUGCGUAUGCAACCCACUCUGCAAUUUACUCCCCGCCUCAUAUGCCGAAUAUCAUGUCUUCUACACCAUUACAAAUAAAUUCUACAUCCCCACAUCACAUUCGCAUCUUGGUCACAUGAAUUACCCAUCUUAUCCGGUUCAUAAUAACAAUAAUAAUAAUAAUAACAAUACUACAACUACAAGUGGUACUGGAGGUGGUAAUAUCAAACCUAUAAAAGAAGAUUUACCAACUUCUGCGUCUUCUGUGUCUC